AUGGAUAAGAUGAUUAUCGAUUUACUUGAAGUAUGUGCUCGUUCAUGCGGUAAUACACUACCAAAUCGAAUCGUUCUUUAUCGUGACGGUGUUGAUGAUGGGCAAUUUCAAAAAGUACUUGAUAAUAAAGGAACAUCACGUCCGGCAUUGUAUCAUGUACUCCAUGAUGAAAAUGAAUUUAGUAGUGAUGACAUUCAACAAUUAACAUACUGGCUUUGUCAUACGGAUGUUCGAUGUUCGAAAUCAGUUUCAAUUCCAGCACCAGUACACUAUGCUCAUUUGGCUGCAUAUGCUUCUCAUGCAUACGAAUUCGACCAUAGUGAUGAUGAAAUUCUGGAAAGUGAAAAUGACAAAGAUCAAGGGGAACUUAUUACAUUGGAAGAUAUCAAAACAAAAGUGAUGAUACUCAACAAUGGUGUACAGGAUACGAUGUGGUUCGUUUAA